AUGACUCGAGUCGCUCCAACUACAGAUGCCCAGGUCAUCAUUGUAGGUGGAGGAAUUGGAGGCCUGACAUUGGCGGGUAUCUGUAAAAAGCUUGGAAUCAGCUAUAAAGUGCUCGAACGCAGUGCCGAAAUCACCCCCGUCGGAGCAGGGAUCUCCCUUGCACCCAACUGCCUACGUAUCUUGGAUCAGCUGGGACACAUGGACGCAAUCCGACGCAAAGGACAGCCUCUUCGCAAGAUUCAAAUCUUCCGGGACAAUACCUUGUGGAAUGUCGUUGACUGGGAAUGGAUUGAGAGCAAGUUUGGGUACAGCCUCUACUCUAUUGAAAGACAUUCAAUGCACCAAGCCCUUUAUCAAGGUGCGGGGCCAGAGAAUGUUUUACUCAAUGCAGAGGUAGUCGAUAUUGAAGAUCUGCCCACUGAGCCUACGGUCAAGGUGAGCCUUGCCGACGGUCGACAGAUAACUGGUGAAGUAGUGGUAGGUGCAGAUGGCAUUAGGUCAGCAACCAGACGCAUUUUGGCUGAGAAGGACGGACUGGAUGGCACCACCAUCCGCUUUACUGGUCGUACACACAUGACCGGUUAUACCCAGCCCUUGCAACAUUUGAGUUCGCACGAUUUGGGUGUUGCUACUUGGGUUUUUUACGACGACGCCAUUUUGACCUCGUGGCCAUGUAUUGAAAACAGGCAAUGGUUUGUAGGAGUCAAGUCAUCGGAACUGAAAGAUCCUAGUCGGUCAAGCUGGAAAGGAGCCUCGAAGAAAAUGAUCAAUGACGUCUAUGGCGACCGAUUUCAUCCGUUUGGUAAGAACCGUACGGUGCGCGACGUGGUGGAUUUGGCCGAACGCGUGACAGCUAGUGACGUGUUCGAGGAAACAGCAUUUCCCGCCAUGGCUACUGGACGGGUAGCCCUUGUGGGCGACGGUAUUUGUCACACCGCCACUUCUGCAGCAGCUCCCACUGACUCAAUGAUGCAUUACCAGGGCGCGUGCCAAGCAAUCGAAGAUGCAGGCGAGUUGGCCAAUGUGCUCAAUUCGUACUUCCGUGAUCGGUCAGGCCACCCGCAGGCGCUACAGAUGUGUCUGAAAGAAUACCGUCAACGCAGGGAAGAGAGGGCCCGCUACGUUUUCGAGUUUUCCAGUACUUUUGCCUCACUGCACACCGGCAAAAUGUCCUAUGGAUUGGGGCCGCUGCUUCGCAGGGUUGCAUUUACCUGGGCCCCAUUAUGGUGCUGGGAUCGUGCACUCACUCCCUUGUAUGGCUACCAGCCUCACAUCGAGGCACUGGCUGAAGGGUCGGCCUAG